UCUCGGGCAGAUUAGAUGCGCCUCUUUGUCUGAACUAAGCUGGUCACGAUGUCGAGCUUCCCCGCGUUGAGAAUUACCCCAGACGGUAGCUUACCACCCUCUGUCUCUGCCGACUCGGCCCCAUCCUCUUACCCCCUUGUUGCGACUCGAGUCCGAGUCUUACACGACUAUAUCUCCGCUUCCUCCGCAUCUCUCUCACCCCCCAGACCCUGCAUGCCCAUAGUUAUGCUCCAAUGGCGACCAAAGUCUUACCCAACGACGUGGAGAAGGGCAGUGGCCCGGUGGCAGAAGAGCACGAGGGGAAGCCUCCCGCCAUCAACGCGGUUUCCACCUCUCUCGAGUCGGAGCGGUCGUUAGUAUGGAAACAAGACAAGCGCAUCGUCCCGCUGGCUGCGGCUACUUACUUCCUCUGCUUCGUGGACCGGUCUAAUAUCGGCAACGCCAAAGUUCUCAACAGCACGACUGGGAAUGACAUGCAAACCGAGACCGGGUCCUCGGACUAUCAAUUCAACAUCGCGCUCAUGGUCUUCCUCAUAAGCUACUUCCUGUUCGAGGUCCCGUCCAACAUCUUGCUUAAGAAGUUCCGGCCAUCCCGAUGGCUUGCCUUCCUGAUGUUUUCCUGGGGCGCCAUUACUAUCGGGCUCGGAGGCGUCCAGAAUUACCCUGCUAUGGUGGGCGUCCGCUUCCUACUGGGUGCCUUUGAAGCCGGCCUCUUCCCUGGUCUGGUGUAUCUCUUAACGUUCUGGUAUAGACCCGAGGAACGAAGCGUCCGAGUAGCUUUCAUCCUUGCAAGCGCUACCCUCGGCGGCGCCUUUGGCGGCGCGAUAGCCUACGGAGUCGGCCACAUGAAUCGGACCCGUAAUCUCUCUGCUUGGAGGUGGCUCUUCAUCCUCGAGGGCAUUCCCUCGUGCCUCUCUGCCGUCUUCGUGUGGUUCAUCCUGCCUGACUAUCCCGAACGGGCGUCGUGGCUCUCGGAGGCAGAGAAGGGUCUAGCAGCUCAGCGUGUCCGCGAAGGCUCCCAAGGGUCUGCUCCCGCCCUAACCUGGGCCGACGCCAAAGCCACUCUUACAGAUUGGCGACUCUACGGACACUAUGUCAUCUACUUCGCCGCGUCUCUACCCUUCAGCUCUCUCUCGCUGUUCUCGCCGUCGAUUGUCGCCGGUCUCGGGUAUCAGGACCUAGAAGCUCAGCUGAUGACAGUGCCUCCUUGGGCCGUCGCAUACGUCGUCCAAAUCCUCAUGGCGUGGUCAGCUGAUCACUUCAACAGUCGUGGCUAUCACGCCGCGGCUGCCGCGAUUGUGGGCGCGGUGGGCUUCUUAACGUCUGCCGCGCUUCCUGCCGACGCUUUCCACGGCCGUUACGGUUGUCUCAUCAUUGCGACUGCCGGAUCUUUCUCAUGCGUCCCACCCCUGCUCGGAUGGCUAACGUCCAACUUGUUCAGCACGGCCUCGAUUGGUUUGGCUGUAGCGAUUAAUAUUAGCAUUGGUGGCGGUCUCGGGCAGAUUCCUGGGGUCUGGAUCUAUAAGGCCGACGAACGGUCUAGAGGGUACCCGACCGGCCACGGAGUGAACUGUGCGAUGCUGUUCGUCGUGGCCGUCGGUGCCCUCUCCUUGAGAUACUUCUACGGACGGCGAAACCGAGCCCUCUUGAAAGCCGCUCCCGAAGGGACAACCCCUAGACUAUAUCGGCUAUGACGGCGUUAUCAGAUGCGGUAUCAUACAGUCGCCGAAUGCCGCCUUUUAGAUUCCGCACUCGGAACAUCUAGGGCAAGUCUAUCAGAACAGGCUAGGCUUGACAGCUACCCAUCCUAGGAUGGGUAUUGGUACCUAGAAUAAGCUGGAUAUAGGUAUGCACCUGCGUU